CGCCCAACGCAGAAAUGCAGUCUGUUGUUGUUAUGUUUCCAACAAAUGUAUAUAUAAAGCAUCCAUCCUGAUCUAUCUCCGCCCUCUUCUCUCAUCAUAUCUGCCUUCUCGCACUGCGACCCCGUGACGCGCCCAUGGACUCAUUGUUCGGCCUGUCGCGGCCCUUCCAGCGGCGGCUGACGAAGAUGUACACCGACACCAAGAGCUCAUAUGAUUUCGUCAAGGAGCCCAUCCAGGUGGCUGAGGACCCCGAGCUCAUGUCUCUGCAUCGAAAGCUUCGCAUUCAAAAAGAUCGGUUGGUGUCAUGGGGCUUGGAAUGGUCGGAUCCCACGCAAUCGUCCGACAUCGACGAGUCCAUCAGCAAGGCCGGUCUCAGCGAGCUCGUUGGCAGCGUCAUGUCUACGAUCAAAGAGAUCCUGGCGGAGACUGAGCCAUUGUGGCAGUCGUCAAAAAGACCGUUCAAUGAGAAGGGCUCUGCGUCCGAGAAAUCUGCGGAUCGAAAGCCAUCGUUGAUCACUUGGGAUCAAUCGAGGUUCGAGGAUUUGGUUCGGGACUUGACCAUGUCGAUUGAUACCCUUUAUGAUCUCUCAAGAACGCGGCAACGUGCCCAGAGAAUAUCUUCUCUCAAACCUUCGGAGUCGCCAAGCCCCAUCCGUGGAAAAUCCCCUGCCAUCGAGGAGAGGCAGUUUGAGUCCACUCGGAUGCAAACGCCGCAGCAAAUUGAUCCCGCGUCCCUGAUAUGGCCACGGGACCUCAAAGUAAUACAGCCCGGUAUGUUACAACCAGCGAAAUCCCCUCGGCAAAUUGUUUUCAUGCGACGACCGACAUCCCUCACCGAGGCCCAGAGGACCGGGUGGCAGUCAACGCCUACUGUUCCUGUUCUCCUCGAGCACGCCCCGUAUGAUCCCAUCUAUUCUACCACUGGAAUUACUCCGUCCAUGACCCGGUUUGAGAAGUUGUUUGCCGGGCUUUCCCAGCCCUAUAUCUCAUCGGAUAGACCGCUUUCUGGACUGCUGCGCCUGAUUGGGUAUUUCGAGGAGCCCGAGUAUUCAAGAUUUUGUCUCCUGUAUAUCUUGCCUGAACGCUUUGGACCUGUGGAUAUCGAAAGCCCAAGAAUGCCUGCGAUCAAUAUUUUGUCGGAACUCCUGUAUAGUAAAGCGUAUGAGCCCAGUUUGGAAAUCAAGUAUCGAUUAGCGUCCAAUGUCGCCAACGCUGUCUUCGACUUACACGCCAAGGGGAUUGUGCACGGGAAUGUCAAUUCUUCCAAUAUUUUAUUCUUUGGACAUCAAUCACAGAAUCGCCUUGAUCUGAGCCAAGUCAACAUGCGCGAAUCGUUCUUAUCGUCCUUCGACCUCUUUUCUGAUAACGCCACAGAUGGUUCUGAUUCGUCUUCUUCGUUCUGCGCAUUGUACAGACAUCCACUCGACCCCCGAAUCACUCGCUACACUCAUCUCACAGCUGAGAGCAAGUCUCUAGACCUCUACAGUCUCGGGAUGCUUCUUCUCGAAAUCGGACUCUGGAUCUCGCUUCCCGAUAUCUUCCCGGGCGUCUCAGCGAUUCCAGAUAAGCCAGUGGCCGUUUUCAAAAAACUCGCAGCCAGAUGCGGAAAUAUCUUUGUCAAAGCGGUCAAAGCCUGUUGGCAUGCACCAGAUGAUGAGCUGUCCCAGCGGGCAAGGCCAGAUGUCAUGCAUCAGAAGGUAUUUUGGAAAGUAUCGAAAGCCCUCGAUGCAUGCUGUGCAAUAGAUGAAUUUUCCGACGAAGAGAACGAGAGUGACGAUUCGCCUCCAGUUCCAUCGAGUCCAUUCAGGGGCUCUGCGUUCUCUGCGUCGUUUAGAGUUUUAAGCCCAAACGAAGCCUCGACGCUCCCCUCCGUGAAGACUGGGGCUAAUCCCUUCGACUGGUCUGAGAAGCCCACAAAUACCAAAGCUACUAGCUCCCGUGAAAAGAUAAGUUGGAUAGAGAAGAAGCCUGCAGCUCUGCCAUCAAGCCCUGCACCACGAUUGCAGAAAUCAAAACCUAAACUUCGCACGUACCCUGCCAUUAGAAUCAGUCCUGAGCACUUGGAUUUCUGGCACAACGCUUUGAUGCCACACAUAAACUACGUCCUUCGCGGCUUUUACAAGAAAUACCCCGAAUCCGUAGAGAUUAGCCUCGAAAGCGUCGGCGAAUCUCCAACGACUACCAAGCCUACCAUUCUUGUAAUCUGCACGAGCGUCCAUAAAGUCCGAAGUAUUUUAAAGAAAUCAUUAGUAUACGACGAAUCCGUUUUCGGAUUGAAGGUAUGUCGGGGAAAGGUUGUGCGUUCCCGGAAACAGGGCGGACGAAGAUCGAUGGCGGACUCGGGAGGAAAUACGAGGGCCGCGAAUGCAGAUCAUCAGGUGCGACCUUCGAAUGGUGCUUCCAUUGGAGCGUAUGUUGGCGAGCGACAUCUUCCACCUGUGUCUUUUGGUGGGUUGAUUAUGGUCGAUGAUAAGCCUUAUGGGAUGACCGUUCACCAUAUGCUCGAAGAUCCGGACGAGGGGGGAGAAGAAGAAGAAAAACAAGAACAGCCAGGGGCCUUGACCCCAACGCUUCGGUCAAGUGCUCUUCGGUCAAGUGCUCAUCUUCUUGAUAUGCCCGACUUGACACACUCCGAGUCCUCUGUUAACAGCAGCAGUGACGAAGAAUUCAUGUACAACCUCUCAGACUUUGAUUCCGACUUCUCGGAUGGGGAACAGAGCGAGUCCGAAGAAUACGAGGAAUAUGACGAAUGUGAAAGCGACGAUGAGCUUGAGCCUGGAGAUACCAAAGGAAUACCGCAAGGAUGUGGAGAAGAAUAUCAAAUCACUCAACCAGCCCUAGAUGAUGUGGAUGAGGAUUUCUAUCCAAGCGAAGAGACACGCGAUGAAGACCAUUUAGAUAGUUAUGGCUUGGGAGAAGUCUAUGCUUCCUCCGGCAUCCGAAGACGUGUGGAAGAGGGGACAGUUCAUGAAAUCGACUGGGCCCUUAUUGAGUUCCAUCCUGAGCGCUGCCCGCAGAGGAACCGCAUUACGAGUGGGAAGCGAUUCUGUCCUCAUCAGGAGCAGUAUCCUGUAGCUGUGGCACCAAGCUCCGACCUUUUUGAUCUGGAUGUCCAUUGCAUGGCGCGAACAUCUGGGCUACAGAGCGGACGCAUCCUACCUGGAAUGGUUAUCGUCAAGAUCUAUGGCCGCCAGACGCCAUCGUCCAGCUAUCAAGUUGCGGGAAAACUUGGCGUGCCGGGCGAUUCAGGGGCGUGGGUAGUGGACAACGAUCUAGGACGAGCUUGCGGGCAUGUCCUGGCCUGGAGCUCGAGAAAGAAAGUCGCCUACAUCUGCCCCAUGGACGUUCUCCUCCGCGACAUCGGCGAGACCUUGAACGCGAAAAGUGUUUCCUUACCCGGUGGCUCGGAGGUAUACAGUGCCUCGGACUCCAAGAUCGAAGCACCGGAGCAAGAGAGGAUCACUGACAUGUUUCGAGAUCUGAAAUUGGCACCUACCCCAAGAGCAACAGAGAUCGAUCGGGUCGUAAUCCCCGAGGAAGAUGAAAAUGAAAACAGAAGAAAGGAUCCCAUGUAUACCCCCAUUACUCUGAUGGAGGAUUCGGAAGAUCUGGUGGAAGUUAGCAAGGGACAGCCCAUGGACUUUGUCAAAUCGUCGAUAGAUCGUUGGCGUACGGGUGUGGAUAAUAUCACGAUGAAUGCGGCGGAUGUGGACAGUAGGGCUGAAGCUGGGGAUGCAAGUGGCCAUGUGGGCGUGUAG